AUGGAUGAUUCAUAUUGUGCUGAUCACAACACUCAUUCCGAUGAUCAAUCAUCUACUGGCGAUGAUAGUCUUUCGAGUCAUCAUGAUGAAGAACAAACUCAAUCAAAGAUUAGCGAAUAUAAAUUAGAUGAUCAUUUCAGCCCUUGGAGUUUUUAUCUGCAAUUUAUGUGUUGCCGUAAAAGAAAACCAUGUGAUCCAUCAAUGGGUGCUUUACCUCGAGAAUGGUUAGAUCCGAGUAGAAUAAAUUUUCACACACAGAAAUUAGCAGGUUGUAGUUUUGACAACCAUAGCCGGCCGGAUGACAUUUAUUCCGAAGUUGGCUUUUCUCCGACGGAAUCUAAUAGCGUGGAAAAUUGUAGCGGAUAA